AUGGAAGAAGCUAAAAAUUCGAUUAUAAACGAGAACGCUUCAAAAGGAAUAUUUCUAUCAGACGAAAUUCUAAAUAGUUGGUUGCAAUUAAUGUUUGGUCGAUUGCAAUUAGAUCCGUAUCUCUGUGAAUAUAUUGAUAUUUUAAAAUGCAAACUUGUAGCUAUGGAAUCGAAAGAUUUAAUAAUCAAUGAAGAACCAAAUUUGGUAAACAUUUGUACCAUCGCUUCGCGUGCAAAAAUGUUAGCCGAGUUCGUUGCACGUCAAAUGUCAGGACCUGACCCUAGUGGCACGUGCGUAGAUCAUCAAUUAGAAGUCCACUUGAGAGAGAUCAAAGAAUCCAUAGGAACGAGCGUGAUUCCUCUCGGACAGCUGCGUGUCGGUUCUUAUCUAGAAAGAGCAGUACUUUUUAAAGUAUUAGCUGAUAAAAUAUGUCUUCCAACUGCUUUGGUACGAGGAGAAUAUGGUACCGCUUGGGUCGAGAUUGCUAUACCACAAAUCGAGGUACCACCCGAAGACACUUGUUUUAUGGAAUAUUUAAUGAAAGAAGGACCAUGUACCGAUUGGAUCGUAAGGGAUAUCUCAUUAUUGGAAGAAAAUCAAUUAUCGUCGAAGAAAAUAUUUUCGCAGGUUCAAAGUGUAAGUAAUAUCGUUGUACCAUGGAAAUUACAACAAUCAAUUUUUCCAUCGAAGUUAAUGAAACCUAACGUUAUAGUAGAUUUGAUAGAAAAACCUGGUCGAUUUAUAUCAAUCGAUAGUGAAUUGGGUAAAGCAUAUAGAAGUAAAAAAAUCGUUUGCGAUUUGAUAUGUUCGUCUGAAUUAUGA